AUGGCGGUCUCCUUUGCGGAGCCUUCUCGCGCGGCUUCUCCCCGGCUUGUCGCCGAACAGCUGAGACGUUUCCUGCAUUCAGCUGAAGGACCACCCAACUCUCAAGGCGCUAAUUUAUCCGAUGCUGGCUUUGUUCUACUCACAAUCAAGGACCAACUUUUGGCAAAUGACUCAAGAGCUACCUAUUUUCUCCAAGAAUUUGUCGCUCGGCCGAUCAAUGGAGUGGAUCUUUUAUUAAAAGUAGUGGUAGUUCUGCAAGGAAUUGUGAACUCAUCCGCAAGAGAACAACCAUCAAAAUUGUCAACAUUGCUAACGAGAAACAAUACCAACAACACGAAUAGGAAAAGGAAAGCAGCGGUAGCUGAAGCUGAUUGCAUCGAAUGUAUCAAGAUUUUGUUGGAGAAAAAUCCAUCUGGAUGGAGAACUCUUCUCGAACAACCGUCUGGCUUAGAAGUGAUCCUUUAUUCCGUGAAUAGUCCACAAUUGGAUUCAAAAUGUUAUGCACUUGAGAUUGUUUUGCUGUUACUGGAUCAACCCCAAGGUUUCAUCGUUCUCUUCCGGGCACUCUCAGUGAUUUCGGCAAGAACAAGAGAUUAUCUACGACUGCAGCUCUUCGUUUCACAACUUAAACACGGACUUCACACGCAGAAGUUGCAUAUCCAAAUUCUUGUAAGCCGAUUGUUCAACAAGUUGCUGAGUCGAGCUCCAACACCAAAUCAUCGAAUGAUGGCCCAGAUUGAAGCAACAUUGUCACAAUUCUCUGCUGAAUAUAUUGAAAAGCUGGUUCUUGACGUCUCUAGUCCCCUUGGUGGAAUGGAUACUCUGAUGGAGGAGUUGGCUCAUUGGCGAUCUCAACAGUUUCCAAUCUCCUUAACACCGACACGAUUUGGACCACAAGACACGUUAAACAGCAAUGCUUCGACAAAUAUUUAUGGUUACAACUAUUCGGAGACCGAGUCAGACACAUCGAGAUCGGAUCGGGGUAGACUGAGAUCGGCUUUUCCGUCAAAGUUCCCGAGUCAAGCAGCAGUGGCCAAGAACGUAGAAAGAGCUCGAAUGAAGAGACAGGGACCGGGCUCUGGCGGAAGAGCAUCUGGAGUAAAUGAGGAUCAUCAAAGAUUCUAUCCAAAUCGAUCAGCUCUCACUUUAAAUCAUCGAGAUUGGGACAGAAAUGAUGAAGAUUACGAUGGUUUCCAUACAACGACAAGGGUUGAGAGAGUCGCUUCACCACCUUGGAGGCCAGAGGGUGGAAUGAGGAGAGCAAAGAGUGAAAGUGCUAUGUUAGUGGAAACAGAACUCGCGGAAAACAAUAACACUCUUCGUGGCUUGAAACGAAGCGAUCCAAUUGCUUCCGAAUAUCAUCCGAUUGAGGUGGUAAAACCAUUGUCACGCUCGACUCACGAUUUGAGUCGGAUAGCUCGCGAUGAGCGGAUUCACGAGAUUCAGAGGCCUGGAUCAGCAGCCGCGCAUACGAGAUCUCUUCAGCGACCUUUCUCACCGCAAAGAGCUCGCUUUGCCGAUCCUCCAACAAUUGACACAACUCAUGAAACGACUCAACCACAUGCCGGUUUCUCCUAUCUUUUCCCGUCACAGCCCGUUGUUUCACAAGUUCCUAAAAGAAACGCUACACCUGAACCAUAUUCAACGCAAAUGAGUCCAAUGAACGGCACACUGCGACCACCAUCGUCGACUUAUGAAGGAACAUUGAGUCCUCGACCAGUCAAUGAUUCACCAAGGUACACCAGUGAAAUGAGAGAUGGACAAGUUGUCUAUAUUCCGAUCACAAUGGAAUCGGAUAGAAGACCGUUGAGCAGAUUUGGCCGUGAACCCGACUACGACAGCCGAAGCACCUCUCGAUCAAAGAUGCGCAGUCCAUCGGUUGCUGGUGAUGAUGUGAGAGAUGCGUUAUCGCAAUUCGAUUACUUGAACGACUAUGAUGCGUCGAGUCUACGCGGAAAAGCCACAGCCACUUAUCAUUUG